GGAGCUGAAGCCUCACCUCCCGCAAGGUUAAACGAUGAUUGGCCAAGAGCUGUAGCCGGUGCAGCUGGAGGAUUGGUUGUUGAAGGAGACGGGCGGGGGAGAGAUGAGGAGCGUGUGUGGGAAUGAACUGCCGGGACUUGGCGGCUGCUGAGGUGACUGAGAAAGGAGUAUUACCGGCAGGGCGAGGCGUGACUAUGGAACAUCUGCAUUCCAUCAAACUGAGGUGGUUAGCUAACAAGAUUGUGGAAACCCUGCAUUGUUCCAGAUGAUUUACUGGAUUAAGCACCUAUUUAGAGUGAUAUUUGAGCAAGCAGCAUUGACUAUGGAAUCAUUACUUUGGUCUAGUAAGCCUUAUGGUCGCGAUAGAAGUAUUGUAAGGAAAAUUGGCACCAACCUCUCGCUGAUACAGUGUCCAAGAGUUCAGUUUCAGCUUCCAUCUCAGUCUUCAGAAGGCAAUAAUUCUAACCCACUGAGAGAUGAUGGAGUGGUCUCCCUUGCAGAUGUGGGGUGGGUUGCUGAAGAAGAAAGUGAAGUCUUUACACGGCUCAGAUCAGAUGUUUGGUCAAAAUCCCAAACAUAUCCUAGAGGUGAAGGCUGCUCAGGAAGAGAUCAAAAUAUUCAAGUACCUUUGCCAAAGCCGUUGCAAGAAAAAGAAGACUCCAAGAUUGCUGUGUCCACAAAUGAUGAAGCUCUGCAGAAAAUCAGCGUGCUAGAAAAUGAACUUGCCAGUUUAAGAGCGCAAAUAGCCAAAAUCGUAAGCUUACAAGAACAGCAGAAUAUGACAGCAGCUGGAAUAAGUUCCACAGCAUCUGUUCCUGUCCUAGCAGGAGUGCCAGCACUGCCCCCGCCGCCGCCGCCGCCCCUUCCACCUCCACCACCGCUCCAGCAGAGCACUUCUGCCAUUGAUCUUAUUAAGGAGCGCAAAGGAAAAAGAGUAAACUCCGGACGAACUUUUUUAGAUGAUGAUUCGAAAAAGCCUGAAAUACCAAACAUGCUAGAUAUUCUCAAAGAUAUGAACAAUGUAAAGCUGCGAUCUGUGAAAAGACCAGAUGAGAGCACCAAACAAAAAGCAGCCGACCCAACAGAUCCUGCCGCACUAAUAGCUGAAGCUCUUAAAAAGAAAUUUGCUUAUCGAUAUCGAAGUGAGAGCCCAGAUGAAACUGAAAAACAGGCUCCUGAAUCUGAAACAAGGCUGUUUGGUCCACACAUGCUGAAGCCUACAGGAAAAAUGAAGAAUCUAAUUGAAAACUCUUAAGGGGG